GCACAUUGAAGCCAACGGUUCCACCCUUCCUUCAUCAUCAACAUCGUCUCCCUUGCAGCUUCUUAUACGAUGGAUGGUGGUUCUGCCCCUCCUCCUCCUCUGCCUCCAAAGGAAUCAUUUGCUCGAAGGUACAAAUUUGUCUGGCCGCUUCUCCUAACCGUCAAUCUCGCCGUCGGAGGUUACCUUUUCUUGAGGACUGAGAAAAAGGAAAGUGAUCCUGCAAGUGAAGAGGUUGUUACUAAGUCAAGUUCAGCCGCAACUUCUGUUACCGUGGAAAAGCCUGUGUCUUCUGCGGUGGUUGCAGAGCCAGUGGUGAUCAAAGCACGUGAGCCAAUACCGGAGAAGCAACAACGUGAGCUCUUCAAAUGGAUGUUGGAGGAGAAAAGGAAAGUCAAACCGAGUAAUGCGGAAGAGAAGAAGAAGAUUGAUGAAGAGAAAGCUAUUCUGAAACAAUUCAUUGGAUCCAAAACCAUUCCUACCCUCUGAUUGUAUUUUGCAGUUUCUGUGUGUAUUUGGUUUCAGCUUUUAUUCUUGUGAAUAUCAAAUAUCUUUUGCUUUUCGAAACAAAACCAUCAACUUUGGAAUCUUAAACCUUCAAAACUUUCAAAAUUUUCAUUUAGGACCAAUGGUUGAUUACUAUAAUUAGUGGAAUAGAAUUAAGUGAA